GAUGUUUACACCCGGGUGCUGUCGCGGGAACACAAUCCUAAUCCAAACACGGAAGUGUUGGUUCCAUCGGGUGUCGGAGAGCAGCAGCUUCCCAGUGAUUCACUUGUCUGGGCUCCCAUUGGCUGAUGAAUGGGACAGAAUCACCAUGUCUCUGAGCAAGGAGGAUUUGGAUGAACAGUUUGAGCUGUUCUUAAAGGAGUCUGUUUCAGAUGACUCCGUUGAUCUGGGUGGCUCUGAAAAGCAGCCUUGUGCUAAAAGAAGUCAGAAAUCAGCCCCGAAACCAGCAGCGCUUUGGUGGCAAGAUGAUGAAGACAGCGGUGGUGGAGCAGAGAGAGGACUGUCGGGGUCUGGAAAGUCUUUCAGGAAGUCUUUGAGGAAGUCUCAUGCUAUUCAAGAGGAGGACGAAGGAAGUGUGAAGGAAGAGGCUGUUGUUGUCAGCAGAGAUUACACAGAGACAGAGGGUGUAGAAUCAAUGAAGGUACCAGCUGUGGACAUGAACACUAUGGGCUUGGACACCCUGGAGGAAGAAGAAGAGAAAGCCAUUUUUUUUGCCCAACUCGAAGCAGGACCAUCAUCCACCAUAGAUUACUCCAAACUGAACAGAGAGCUUGACUCAAUGAGUUCUUCCAUCGGUUCUAAACGCAGGAAUGCUGAGGAGGCAGUGGAGCAGGAUGAAGAUGGUCAAAGGAAGGCCAGAGUCACAGAGACCCCCUCUCUAGGCUCUCCACACUACAGUGAGGAUUUUGAGGAUGAGGAGAAUGAGAAAGAUCCAGUGCAAAAGGAGCUUGAGCUGUCCCCAAUUAUUGGCAAAGGGCGUCUGUUUGAUUCUUUGGACGACACUGGUGGAGAAGACAGAAAGACGGACACAGCAGGAUCACUGGACAGAGGCCACUCAUAUGUGAAGAGCGGAGGCUCAGAGAUGGAGGCUCUGCAUGAGGCGUACAGACAGAUCCAGGUCGUGGAGGGUUCAGACGACCAUAAUCGUGAUUACCUGCAUUCACCUGUGGAAGGAGAAGGGAGGCUCCACAGAUCUGUGUCUUCAUCCUUCCCUCCUCAACAUGGCAGAUUGUCUCUUCAGCCGGCUUCUACUAACGAGUCAGAUCUUCCCACUGCAGAAGAACUGAUGAGGCCGAUCCGAAUAGACGAGGAUCAUACUAGAGGGUUCAGCCUUCAACCUGUGAGUGCUUUGCAACCUGUCCAAGAGAAACCAUCCUGCUCCUUGGAAAGAACUUUCCCUGACGUGCCUUAUACAGAGUCACAACUGAAGGGUCCAAGAAAAGCUGCUACGAAGAUAAAGGAAGACAAUGAACCGAACUCCCCAGACCAUCCCAACCGUGACCUGAAGUUGAGCAUCAGAGAGGAAGUACAGAGGCUGAUGGGGGAUCACAGCAAGACGGCUCCUCCUAAAUCCUCUCAGGCUGGCAAAGUUAAGAAACAACCUGCCUCCCGCAGCUCGAACUUUUCUCUUCCUUCUACGUCUUCACUGAAGAAACCAACCUUGGCUUCCGCGAGAGCCAGGAAGGUGGAGCAGAGAACAGCACUGACCUCCAGGUCGUCAGGUAUCAGUAAAACUGCUGCUGCAGCCAAAAGCCAUUUACCACAGCGUCCAUCAACAGCUACAUUCACGAAGAGCCCAGAAAGAGACGACGACACAGCAGAGUCAGCUCUCAAAGUGAGCAGUGAGCUGGUGGCAUCUGUUCAGUCCUUAGUGGGCGUCCUCCAACAGCAGAUCCACACAAGUAGUCCCCAGGAGACCAGGCCAACACAUCAUCUUCCAAACAACAAUAAGGAUGAGAGCAGCUCUCUGGUGACGGAGCUGAGAGCCGAGCUGGCUCAGAGAGAGAGGGAGCUGCAGAAGAUGAAGGAAGAAGCAGAGGAGCUCAAUGCACUCAGACAGCAGAUCUUCCUCCUGCAAAGCAAGCUGCGAAGUGCAGAAGAAGCCAAUCACAAGACCAAACGGGCCGAGGCCACAGAUCCCGCAACAGAGGGAACGCUCCAAAAGAUGGAUAAAGAAAUGAAAGAGCAGGAGAUUCUCAUUAAAGGUUACCAGCAGGAGAAUGAGAAACUCUACUCACAGAUGAAGGCUCAACAGGCCCAGAGCAAAGCUAACGAGGAGGCCAUGUUUAAUGAAAACCACAGGCUGCGGAAUGAACUGACUUCCGCAAGCACGGAGAAGCUGAUUCAAACCUCGAGGCCUGUGGGAAAUGUCUGUUCAAUGGAUCACGCUCAACGCAUUACAGACUUGUUAGCUCAAAUAAACAAAUUCCAGAGGAAUGAGGCGAAGCUCUCUGAGGAAAUGCACAGACUGAAGCAAGAAACAAAUGCUCUGGAGGAAGAACUGCAGCUACUGAAGAAAGAGAGAAACUUGGCUAAAUUCCAGGUCAUCUCCACCUCAGGUGAUAAGACGUUUGAGAUGCGUGUACUGGAGGAGAAGCACAAAGAGGAAGUGUCUGGCCUGAAGAAGAAGCUGCAGUGGCUUGCUGAGAACCAGGAGCUUCUUGACAGAGAUGCUGACAGACUGAAGGCUGCUACAGCUCAGAUUCAACAACUCACUGAUCAGGUGGAGAAACUGAAGAUAGAAGUUGGCAAAAGAAGCGGUGAGCAGCAGAGAAAGGCAAAAGAGAAAACUUUGGACACAAAGAAGAUGCAGGACCUGCAGCGACAGGUGAAGGAGCUGGAACAAAUACUCAGAAACAGGAAUCCAAACUCCCUGCCUGCUCUUAUAUACGCUGCAGCCAGAGCUGGUGCUGAGGAGGAUGUGGACGCUGAGCAGUCGCCCAACAGGAUCGUCGCUCUGCUGGAGGCCAGGAUUCAGCGUCUGGAAGCACAGCUGGAGAGUCAUGAUGAGGAGGCCAAACGAGGCCUGAGGGCCAUGGAGCAACGGUUCCACAGUGUCAAGCUCCGCUACGAGCAGCAGAUCUCCGAGCUGGAGCAGCAGCUGGAAACUAAACAGCAGGUUGAAGAAGUGAACCAGCCGUGGAUGUCACAGGUUCAAACUCUGGAGAAAGCGCUGCAGCAGGAGAAGGAAAGCCACCAGGAGAAAGACAAAUCCCUCCACGACCAGAUUCAGUCUCUCCAGCAGCAGCUCAAAAUCAGGGCCCAGCCGAGUCCAGGCCGAUACCAGCGCCAAGCCGAGGCAGCGGUUGGAGUGCGGAUAGAGCGGUUGAGCCACGAGCUUGCCACCAAAACACAAACCAUUCAGGAUCUUACCCGCACUGUGGAGAGACUGCAGAAGGAGAGGAGGAGCAUGCUGUCUGUCCCCAGCCCACGAGCAGGAACCCGCUCCACAGAGAACAGACGACAGCCAGGCCCGACCAAGGUCCUCAGCUCCGUUACUGCAUGUGGAGGAGAGGAAACAUUUCCAGCUGCUCACAAUGAGAAGACCUACCAGCCCACAGCCUUUGCAGGAAGCCAUAUCUCAGAGGUUCUGCAGGAGAACCAGGCUCUGACUCAGCGUGUGGAGCUGCUGGAGCUUCAGGCGGAAAAGGAGAAGAAGGAAUUAAAGGCAGAUGCUGUACAAGCCAAGGAGGAGCUGCGCAGGCUCCGGGAGCACAGUGCUGAGCAGCUGUCCUCUCUGAAAGUAGAACACCUCCAGGUGUUAGACAAGCUGCGGGCCGCCCAUGCCCUGGAAUACUCCUCCUCCAAGGUGGCUGAACAGGCCAAUACGAUCGACGCUCAGGAGAUAAAACUGAAACAUCUUCAAGAACAACUGAAGGAGCUGCAGGGAAAUAAAGAUGCACUGACAGUGUCCAGGACCAGAGAGAACGCUCUGCAGAGGCAGCUGACCAAACUGCUGCAGGAGCUGAAGGAAGCUAAAGAAGCUCAGAGCUCCGAGGUGAAACUGCUCUGUGGCCUGGAGAGGAAGAUCCUCAACAUGGAGCUCAGACACCAACAGAGAGAGACGGAGCUGCAGCAGGAUACCGGAGGCUCGUGGCAGAUGCUGGAGCCUCAGCAGCAGGCAGAGGUGGAGCGCUGGAAGAAUCUGGCCCAGGACAAGAGCAGAGAGCUGAAGGCUUUCCGCCUGGAGCUGGACUCCAUCCUGGACUUCCUGAAACAUCUCCAGAGACAGGGAGUGGUGUUCCCUCCCUCCUGAAACC